UCAGCCUCAGUACAGAAGCUCCUGUCCUGCAGGCGGCAGUGCUGCGCUCUGUCCGCUGUGCCGGAGAACACUUCCUACAUGUUUUUACGCACAGCCAAAUCUUUAAACACGACUGUCCCAGCGCUUUACUGUUCCACCCGCAGGCCAGUUCCGGAGGUCUGUCUCACGCGCAGAAUGUCCUCGGGCCCCCGUCAUGUGGUGUGGAGCUCCAAGGGGGCCGUGGCCUACUUGAGCACACGGCCCUGGACCCCUGGCUCUGUGGUGGUGGAGCCCAGCCUGAGUGGAGCAGAGGGGGGCAGUGUGUUUGAGCUGCCAGAGGAGGCGUACCUGUCCCUGCUCCUGGGGGCCCGAGGAGUGUCCCGACUCCUGUGUGAGAGACUGGGCGUCCACAGGUGUGCACUGGUGGCCAGACCUCAGCCACACCGCCCCCCACAAGUCCAGGUGCUGCCUCUCCAUGGUCUGGAUGCAGAGUGGUGUCCUCACCUGGCCGCAGACGAGGAGUUCAACCCCACUGACCCUGGGUAUUGCACGUCCAAGAGCGCCCCCCGCUGGAGUGAGGAGCGACUGACGGAGCUCCAGGGCCAGAUCAGGGCCAUGCUGCCGGACCCUCUCUCCCCUCCAGACUACACCUUUCUGGGGGAGGAUCCCGCUCACCCCGGCCUCUUCUCGAGGAUCGUGCGGGGGGAGGAGCUCCAGUGGAGGGUGUGGGACGACCCCGGGCAUGUGGCCUUCCUCACCCCGUUCCCCAACACUCCCGGGCUGACGGUGGUGGUCCCGCGGAGACCCCUGCCCUCAGACAUAUUCAGUCUGGAGGAGCAGGACUACGUGUCCCUGGUGCAGGCGUCUCGGAGCGUGGCUCUGCUUCUACUCAGGAGCCUGGCUGCUUCUGCUGUGGGGAUGAUUUUUGAGGGUUUUGAGAUCAACUACGCUCAUGUCAAACUGAUGCCUCUCUUUUCAUCGUGUUCAUCGAGAGGGGAGCAGAUUGGGGCCAGAGCUGCCCCCUUCUACAGCAUCUACCCUGGGUUUGUGAGCUCCGAGGAUGGACCUGAGGCCAGCGCUCACAGCCUCAAAGAGCUCCAUGCUCAGCUCACCUGUUAGACACUUGUGUCACUGGUUCUUCUAGUCAUAUUGUACUGGAUCAUUCAGGAACUGACCUGGGCCUGUUGCUGGAAUCUUCAGAUGUUAAGAGAAGGCCGGGCUCAGAGUCGUGUGUUCUGGACCAGACUCUGGGCUGUGCUCUGGACCAGUACUUUUAUUCAUAUCCAUAGGAUAAAUAGGAUAAUGUUUGAAGUAAUGUUUAGAAGAUGUUUCAUUGCAUUUUGCAUUUAUAAUAUUUUUUAUGAUUUGAUUCCACAAUUGCAAAAAAAAUGACCAAAUUUGCUAAUUUACUUUUAUAUGAUGUACAUUAAAAAUCGUCAAUUUUCUAC